AAAAGCCUUUCAUCGAAAGAAAUGACGAAGACAAAUCACUCGUUAAUUAGAAGCGAACUUCAUCUUGCCGCACUGAAAAGUGUUAAGUAUUUCCUGGUAUCAGAAAUGUCGCGGGAGAAUGAACACAUCGAAACUUUAGACGAAAAGGAAAUCGCCGAUAAGGAACCCGAAAAGCCGCAAGACCGAGACGCGCCGCCCGAAAAGCUGCAGGAAAAACCGAACGAAAAGCCGUUUAUCGCCAAAGACCCCAGACCUUGGUACAGGAUAACGGAAUGCUGGAUUUACUUGUUGUCUGUGUUUGUCGUGUUUAGUAUAACUGCGUGGGUUAUCAUUGUGAAAGUUAAACACGUCAAUGCAGUUUUGGAGAUGAAGAGGAUCAAUGAAGAGCUAACGUUGGCUAACAGUGAGGAAAGGAAGUGAGUUUGAUAGAAGAAAUGACCUAACGUAUUUGUUUGUUAAAUUUAUCAGUAUAUUUUUUCGAAAAUAUAUCUAGUUAUUAUCCGUACACGACAAAUGCAAUGAUAUCCUACGUUAUUGUUUA